CUUGUCGAGUGACAUUGUGGAAGGUCACCGGUUCAAUCCCGGUAUUGUCCAAUUCUUUUUUUUUCGUUUUCCGUCAACUCAACCGUUGACAUCGUGAUCUUUUUGCAAUUAUCUUCGUCAGAAUCUCUUGCAGACAGGAUGGAAAUUGUUUUCAUCGUUCGUGAAUGCUCUUUCUACGGUUACGCUGAGGAAGGCUGAUCAUGCCAAACGUCACUGUAAAAUGUGGGGGGUGUGAACUUCCACACAUCGUGAAAACUGUUUUUGUCACGAACAGCAUUCAAUUCUCCAGCGCAACUUAAACGCAACCACUCUCACUAGUACACAAAUCACCUUCCCGCCGACCAUAAAACUCGAUAUUGCUGAGAUGGCUCGCUCCGAAGAGGCACAAGCCUUCUUCCAUGCCGUCUACAGCGCCGUGCAAGAGAUUCCGCAUGGCAAAGUCACCAGCUACGGCCACAUUGCAAAGCUGGUCGGGACUCCCCAACGUCCCCGGCAAGUAGGCGUCUGCCUCAAACACCUCCCCGUUGACCCGUCAGCUCGGUUCAACCAUGAGAACGUACCCUGGCAGAGAGUGAUCAAUGCCAAGGGGGUUAUUUCUCCGCGAUCUCAGCCGGAAGGGUCACGCAGCCAAGCGGCGGCAUUGGAGGCCGAAGGCGUGGUUGUUACAACGGGGGCGCUGGGAGAGCUCAUGGUUGACUUCGCAGAGUAUGGAUGGUUCCCAAGGAUAUUGCCGUCGGAGGAAGGAGAUGGGCUGGAGUCUGUUGACAGCGAGGAAGGUGAAAGCGAUGAGGAAUAGUAACGAGGGACAUCAUCGUCAAGAGGUUCGAAGAGCAUGGUCACCACAAAUAUGCAAUAUCACAAGUUUACGAAGAGCGAUGAGAGA